CAAGAGAAUUCAGAGAUUGCAAGAUCAUUGAAUACACUGAAGAGUAUACAUCAAAGACAUGUGAAAAUUGUGAAUUUAUAAAAAGCAAUCUUGAUGAAUCAAAGAUGUUCAGAAGUGAUUUAUGUGAUUUGGAAAUAGACAGGGAUGCGAAUUGUGCUAGGAAUAACUUACUCAAACAUUUGACAAAGGGUCAGCUUGUUAUCGACAAUGGUUCUAGUAUGUGUAAAGCCGGUUUCGCUGGUUAUGAAGCUCCACACGCUGUGAGUAGUUUAUCGAUUUCUUCAAAACCAAAAUUGUGGUUAUGUCGCCUCCGCAAUCAUGGUGUAAUGGUUGGUACGUGCCAGGAAGUUUCAUAUGUAGGAGAUGAAGUUCAAUCAAAACGUGGUUUUCUUACUCUUACAUGUCCUAUUGAGCGCGGUAUUGUGAAGAAUUGGGAUGAAAAAAUUUGGCAUCAUACAUUUUACAACGAACUUCGUGUCGCUCCUGAGGAAUAUCCAGUGCUUUUGACUGAAGCACCUCCUGAAAAUGAAUCUAGUGGAUUUGAACAAAAAAAUUAUAAAUUUAACCGAGAAAAGAUUGCUCAACUAAUGUUCGAAAGCCGUUCUUUAUUGUAUACAUCUGGUCGUACUACUGGUAUUGUUCUUGACUCUGGUGAUGAUAUCACUCAUGUUGUGCCAAUCUAUGAAGGUUACGCACUCCCCCAUGCUAUUCUCCGUCUCAAUUUUGCUGGUCGUAAUUUGACUGAAUACCUUAAAACGAUUCUUAUGGAACGUGGUUAUUCAUUCACGAUCCUUUUCGAAGGUGGGAUUGUUGACAUUAAAGAGAAACUCUGUUAUGUUGCUUGUGAUUUUGAGCAAGAAAUGCAAACUGCUGCUCAUCCAUCUACUUUGAAGUUAUCUUAUGAAUUACCUGAUGGUCAAGUUAUUGUUACUGGUAAUGGACGAAGCACAUUUCAGCCUUCUUUCUUGGGUAUUGAAGCUGCUGGCAUUCAUGAAACUAUCUAUAAUUCCAUUAUGAAAUGUGACGUUGAUAUUCAUAAAGAUCUUUAUGGAAACAUUGUUCUUUCUGGAGACAAUACUAUGUUUCCUGGAUUUGCAAAUAGAUUGAAGAAAGAAAUUACAGCAUUGGCGCCUUCCAGUAUGAAAAUCAAGCUUUCAACUUCCCAACAAAUGUGGAUUACUAAACAAGAAUACGAAGAAUGUGGUCCUUUCAUUGUUCAUCGCAAAUGUUUAUAG